UUGCUAUCGAGGCUGUGUACAGAUUAUAUGCAUUUAAGUUGUAUUCUAUGUCUCCACCUGUACUGCAGAUGCAGGUGGACCUUGAGGGUAUGCAUAUGGUUGCCUAUAAGUCUACUGAUAACCUGAAUAAUGUUGUGUAGUCUGAAAAAUCACAGAGGUCCAUGCUUACAGAGUAUUUUAACGUGAGUAGAUCAAAUCCUACAGCUCGCCAAUAUCUCUAUAGAAAGUUUCCUGAGCACUUCACCUGGAACAAGUCAAAGAAGUUCUGGAAGCCUAGGAAGGUUAAAAGGAUUCAGAUUGGCAGGUUGGUCUAUUCAAAUCCUGCCGUAGGUGAGAGGUACUACCUUCGAAUCAAGUUGAACCAUGUUAGAGGUGCAACCUCGUAUGAGAAUCUGAGAACAUGGCAGGGUGCUAUGUAUGCGACAUUUAGACAGGCAUGUGAGGUUAUGGGGCUUGUUGAAUCAGACAAGUCACUUGAUGACUGUCUCACAGAGUCGGCUCAAUUUAGGAUGCCUUGUUUGUUGCGGAGGCUUUUCGCCACUAUAAUGGUUUUUUGUGAGUGUACUAAUAUACAGCGUCUUUGGGACAACCAUCUCAACGCUAUGUCUGAGGAUUUUCACCGUACAUGUGACAACAGCUCGAGAAUUGAACAGAUGGUGCUUAGAGAUAUAUCAUAUCAUUUGACAUCUAUGGGUAAGGAUAUCAGGCACUACGGUUUGCCGGAGCUACACCUGACAGAGGAAGAGCGAUCAAGGGAUCAUUAUAGGGAACUUACUGAGGAGCAGAACCUUGGGUUUGGUGAGGAUCAUCUGAAGAUUGUUGAGACACUUAAUGCAGAACAAAUGGUUGGUUAUGAGGAAAUUCUUGAUCAUGUUUUGAAGAACAAAGGACAGGUGUUCUUUGUAGAUGGUCCAGGAGGCACCGGUAAAACUUAUCUAGAAAGCUUUGCUUGCUAAGGUGCGGUCUAUGGAUCUUAUUGCUGUUGCUACUGCUACAUCUGGUAUAGCUGCUUCCAUUAUGCCGGGUGGGCGCACCGCACAUUCUCGCUUCAAGAUUCCAAUAAAACUGAGUGGCAAUAAUAUGUGUAGCUUUACAAAGCAGAGUGGCACAGCAGAGCUGCUUAGAAAGGCAUCUCUAAUAAUAUGGGAUGAGGUUGCAAUGACUAAGAGGCAAGCAGUUGAGGCUCUUGACAGGUCACUUAGGGAUAUAAUGAGUUGUGAUAUGCCGUUUGGAGGGAGGUUAUGUUGUUUGGUGGUGACUUCAGACAGGUUCUUCCUGUGGUGCCGCGUGGAACAAGAGCUCAGAUUACUGAUGCAACCUUACUGAGAUCAUACAUAUGGGAAAGUGUUCGGCGGAUCAGGUUGACCCAUAACAUGCGAGCUCAGGCUGAUACAUGGUUUGAAGAUUACUUAUUGAGAAUCGGUAACGGGACUGAGGAAGCAUUUGAGGGUGACUACGUGUGGCUUCCUGAUGACAUUUUGAUUCACAAUCCUCUGGAGGAUGAUUCCAUUUACAUCCUUAUUGAUCAGGUGUUCCUGAAUCUUGUUUCUAAUUGCACUUCUGCCUCUUAUAUGUGCGAGUGUGCGAUACUAUCCACCAGGAAUGAACAUGUUGAUGCUGUGAAUGCACUUAUGAUUGAUAGAUUUCCAGGGAGCAGAAGAUUUUCUAUAGAUUCGACUCUG